CCAAAUAGUUCCAACAUCAACCGUAUCCUAAGCAGAGUGAGGUUACAAAUAUAUUUAUAUUGACAACUUGAAUUGGAAGUACUUACAAUUAGUAUCAGUAAACGUUACAAAUUAAAAAACAUUUUCAAGCGUUGAAAAUGUUUGUGAAAGUUUCAUGAAAUGCUGAUUUAUUUAAUAAUUUACACUAUUUCUAAAGAUGUGUUAAAGGGAACUAGUUAUGAUACCAAGAACUUAUAACUUAAUCGUAAAAAAAUGGAAAACUGUGAAAAGACAGAUAGAAAAAACUAUUGUUGGAGCUUUUGUAAUCGACAAAAAGAGUCAUACUAUUGUGGAGCCUCACAAUGUUCAUUACAAGAACCUCCAAAAGUGUUACCUCAUCGCUUUUUACCUAUCGACAUUUGCGGACUGGCUUCAAGGACCUUACAUUUACAAACUUUAUGCAGAUUAUGGUUACACAGAUGACACAAUUGCUCUUCUAUACAUCACUGGCUUUGCUUCUAGUUGUUUAUUUGGAACUAUAAUCGGUCAAAUGGCUGAUCGAUUUGGAAGAAAACUUCUUUGUUCAACAUUUGGAAUAUUUUACUCAUUAUGCUGCCUCAGUAAAAUUAGUUCUAAAUUUACUAUAUUAUUUAUUGGCAGAAUUUUAGGUGGGAUAUCAACAUCCAUUCUUUUUACAACAUUUGAAGCAUGGUAUGUUAAUGAGCACUUAAAUUUCUAUAAACUACCUCCUGAGUGGUUGAAUAACACUUUUACAAGAGCUACAUUUUAUAAUGGUUUGUCUGCCAUAGUUGCAGGAAUCACUGCUCAAAUAUUAGCUGAAUACUUUAAUUUUGGACCUGUAUCCCCCUUCCUUUUUGCAAUACCUUUUCUUAUAGCUUCUCUGUUAGUUAUUCAGUCUACAUGGAAGGAACAUUCUGCAGUACAGCAAAAAUCCAGUUCUAGUUUAAUAUCGAGUUUUUUUGAGCCUAUUCGCUUAUUAUUCCAAGACGAUUUUCUGUUGUUAUUUCUAGGAAUCAUACAGUCUGUAUUUGAAGCUGUAAUGUAUGCCUUCAUUUUUUCGUGGACACCAAUAUUGACAAAUCUUAAACCUCCAUUAGGCCUGAUAUUUUCUAUGUUUAUGGUUAGCUUGAUGGCAGGAUCUAAAUUAUAUGCCUCUUUAAUAUCUCAGCAUUACUAUCCACAGAACCUUCUCAUAUUUACAACAGUAUUAUCAGCUUUCUCUUUUUGUUUAGUUACACUUUCUUUGACAAACAUUGUUGUACAUGUUGAAACCCAUGACCUAGAACCAAGUACUAUGACAUCCAUGAGUUUGCUGUGCUUAUCAGCAUUUUUAAUUUAUGAAUUUUCAGUUGGAAUGUAUUAUCCAGCCAUGGGUUAUCUAAGAUCUCGUAUCUUUCCUGAAGAAUGCAGGGCUUUAUUGUCUAAUUGGUUUAGAGUUCCAAUGAAUGUGAUAACAUGCCUCACUCUUUUGAUUAAAGAGGGAAACCAUGCAAGAGAGUUUAUAUCACUCAAAAAAUUUCAAUUGUUGUUUUCGAUUUGUACAGUUAUGCUUGUGGGGACGAUAUGUUUAUCAGUCCUAUUUGCAAAAAAAUAUUCCAAAAAAAUUAUACAAGAUGAGCUGAAUGAUUUGAGAACAGGAAAAUCACAACCGAGUGAAACUGUUUGAAUUAUUUGGUUAGGUCAAAGGCGAUAUUGGACUGUUCAUAGGAUAUGGCAAAUUUAAGGAAAUUUUACUGUGAUAGUAUUGGUUUUAAAAAUGUUUUCAUAUUAAAACAAACAAUGCAUUUCUUUCUUUUGAUAAUAGUAAUUUUUCUGUGAAAAGUCUGAUUUUUUCUAAUUUUAGAAUGAAACAGACUAAAGUGUUUGUAUAUAUUCCUAACCCUAAUAUAUUUAUGAUCAAAUUAAUUAUUAGGCAUAGAUGUUUUAAAUAAAUCACUUAAUUGUGAUGGUUACAUGGAGCACUAAAUAAUAUUUGUAAAAAAAAAUAUAUAUAUGAUUUUCUUGUAUCAUUAAUUUACUAAAGAACAAAUAUUUGGUGUUCCAUACAUCCUGAUCAAAACAAUGUAUAUAUUUUUAACUAUAUAAAUCAUAGUAAAACUAUGAUGAAAAAUUGUCUAUAUUUACUUUUUGAAUAAAAUAAAAAUGUAAUAUAUUUAAAAAUAGCAUAAUAUAAAUUAGCAAUGACUGAACUAAAAACUAAACAUGUGAUGUAAUAUUUUGAUUGAUUGUACGAUAACACUUAAUAAUUAGUAAAACUUGGUGUAUAACUUAAUACACAACUUGUUUGAAAUUUCUAAUGAUUGAAGUUGAAUUCUAAACUUUUGUAUUUUAAAUGAAGACUGAUAUGAUUUUCUAUACUUUUCAAAACUGAUGCAGAUAACACUUGUAAAAUAAUUAAUUAACUAAGCCAAUUAGAAUAAACUAUCAUAUAUACACAUAGACUAGUGAUUAGUGUACAUUACUUAAACUAAGUCACACCUACACACUAUAAGAUGUAUUCAAUUCAACAGUAGUAAACCUAUUUUAACUCUAUUUAAUUAAAACACCACCAAAAAAGAAAUUGUUGAAAAUAAUUGUUAAGAUAGUUUCUUUUAUAUAAUUGGUUCACCAUAGGAAUGUUAUGCAACAGUGGUACAAUGCAGGUAUUAAAAAUAUAUAAAUUAUAACUUAAUAAACUUAUAAAUUGAAAUGUGAUAGAUUAAUCUCUUACGACUUCUUCAUAGUGUAUUAUUAUCAUAGUGAAAUUAGGGAUGUAUUAAUUUUAUUUUGUAAUUGUAAUAAAAAAACUGAUAAAAUUUAAGAACGAAAAACAAAUUACACAAUUAUUUUCAUUUUAUUUAUGUUUUUUGAAAAUUAUCUUAUAUAAUUGAUGUGUGAAAUAGGCAACAUAACAAUUGUAUCGAGCUGGUGUUUCCUCGAUGGCUGUUGCCGGAACUUUAACAAUGAAUGGGAUAAUAUAUAUAUAUAUUUUUUUUUUUUUAAACAAUUUAAAUUGUUAAGUAUUUAAGUGAUCAGUUUUUGGUAUUAAAAAUUCAAUUUGUUUAAAUUGUUAUCUUAUAAGUUUACAAAUUUUAUUUAAUAAAAUUGACAUUUGUUGAGUCAUUUUUGUUUCUUAAUUAAUAGUAGUUAUAACAAUGCAAUAGAUUUUUAGAGGUUAUUAAAAUAUACCAACCAACUACCCAGUUCAAAAAUUUUAAGAAAUUUGUAUAUAUUAUCGAAAAUAUCAUGUUAUUUAAUAAAUCAUAUUUUGUCAGGUCACAUAUCACAAAUUCUUCUUUAUAGACCACUUUCCCUUAAGAUUUUAAUGGAAGAAAAACAAUUUCUCUGAAUGAUUAUAUAAACUAAUUGAACAAGAACAUUCAAUGAAAUGAAGAAAUUAUAUUCCAUCAACUUAAAAUCUGAACACAUAGUUGAAUAAGUAUCACAACAAUUGUGCAUGAUUUAAAUGUAUUGACUUACGUCAAAAGAACUAUAAACCAUGUAAAUUAAAUAUCUGGUGAACCAUACAAUAAAUCAAAAUGGUCCUGGAUGGCGUUCAAGAAUAACAUAUAAUAGU